AUGGGAAUAAAGGUUCAGCGUCCUAGAUGUUUUUUUGACAUCGCCAUUAAUAAUCAACCUGCUGGAAGAGUUGUCUUUGAAUUAUUUUCUGAUGUGUGCCCCAAAACCUGUGAGAACUUUCGAUGUCUUUGUACAGGUGAAAAGGGGACAGGGAAAUCAACUCAGAAGCCAUUACAUUAUAAAAGUUGUCUCUUUCAUCGAGUUGUUAAAGAUUUUAUGGUUCAAGGUGGUGACUUCAGUGAAGGAAAUGGACGAGGAGGAGAAUCCAUUUAUGGAGGAUUUUUUGAAGAUGAGAGUUUUGCUGUUAAACACAAUAAAGAGUUUCUCUUGUCAAUGGCCAACAGAGGGAAGGAUACAAAUGGCUCACAGUUCUUCAUAACAACAAAACCAACUCCUCAUUUAGAUGGGCAUCAUGUGGUUUUUGGGCAAGUGAUUUCUGGUCAAGAAGUUGUGAGAGAAAUAGAAAACCAGAAAACAGAUGCAGCUAGCAAACCAUUUGCUGAGGUGCGGAUACUCAGUUGUGGAGAGCUAGUUCCAAAAUCUAAAGCUAAGAAAGAAGAAAAGAAAAGGCAUAAAUCAUCUUCUUCCUCCUCAUCAUCAUCCAGUGACUCAGAUAGCUCAAGCGAUUCUCAGUCCUCUUCUGAUUCUUCUGAUUCUGAAAGUGCGUCUGAAGAGAAAUCAAAAAAAAGAAAGAAGAAACAUAGGAAAAAUUCUCGUAAACACAAGAAAGAGAAGAAGAAGCGAAAGAAAAGCAAGAAAAGCGCAUCUAGUGAAAGUGAGGCUGAAAAUCUUGAAGCACAACCCCAGUCUACUGUCCGUCCAGAAGAAAUCCCUCCAAUACCUGAAAACAGAUUCCUAAUGAGAAAAAGUCCUCCAAAAGCUGAUGAAAAGGAAAGGAAGAACAGGGAGAGAGAGAGAGAAUGUAAUCUACCUAACUCCCAGCCUCCUUCAUACCAGAGACGACUUUUAGUUACUAGGUCUGGCAGGAAAAUUAAAGGAAGAGGACCAAGGCGUUAUCGAACUCCUUCUAGAUCCAGAUCAAGGGAUCGUUUCAGACGUAGUGAGACUCCUCCACAUUGGAGGCAGGAGAUGCAGAGAGCUCAGAGAAUGAGAGUAUCAACUGGCGAAAGAUGGAUUAAAGGGGAUAAGAGUGAGUUAAAUGAAAUAAAAGAAAAUCAAAGAAGCCCAGUUAGAGUAAAAGAGAAAAAAUUAACUGAUCAUAGGCAUGUGUCUGAGAGUCCAAACAGGAAAAGUGAAAAGGAAAAGAAAGUUAAAGACCAUAAAUCUAACAGCAAAGAAAGAGAAAUCAGAAGAAAUUCAGAAAAAGAUGACAAAUAUAAGAACAAGGUAAAGAAAAGGGCCAAAUCAAAAAGUAGGAGUAAGAGCAAAGAGAAAUCCAAGAGUAAGGACAGAGACCCAAAGCAUAACAGACAUGAAGAAAAGAGGGUGAAGUCAAGGAGUGAAGAAAGGGAUCAUGAGAAUGUGAAAGAAAAAGAAAAGCCUGAUUCUAAAGGAAAAGAUCAGGAGAGGAGUAGAAGUAAAGAGAAGUCUAAACAGUCAGAAUCCAAAAGCAAUGAGCACGAUCAUAAUAAAAGUAAGGACAAAGACAGACGUGCACAGUCUAGGAGUAGAGAACGUGAUGUAACUAAAGGCAAACACAGUUACAACAGUAGAACAAAGGAACGAAGCAGAAGUAGGGACAGGAGCAGAAGGGUGCGCUCUAGAAGCCAUGACCGAGAUCGCAGCAGAAGCAAGGAGUAUCAUAGAUACAAAGAACAAGAGUACAGGAGAAGAGGAAGGUCACGGAGCCGAGAGAGAAGAGCAACGCCAGGAAGAUCAAGAAGUAAAGAUAGGAGGAGAAGGAGGAGAGAUUCACGGAGCUCGGAGAGAGAAGAAAGUCAAAGCAGAAACAGGGAAAAAUACAGAAACCAAGAAAGUAGAAGUUCACACAGAAAAGAGAAUUCUGAGGGUGAGAAGAGAAUGUACUCUAAAAAUCGUGAUCAUAGUAGUUCAAAUAAUAAUAGGGAAAAAAAGGCAGACAGAGAUCAAAGUCCAUUCUCAAAAGUGAAACAAAGUAGUCAGGACAAUGAAUUAAAAUUCUCCACUUUGAAAAAUAAGGAGGAUGAGAAGGCCAGAUCCUCAGUGGAAAAAGAAAACCAAAAAUCAAAGGGUCAAGAAAAUGACCAUGCACAUGAUAAAAAUAAAAAAUUUGAUCAUGAAUCAAGCCCUGGAACAGAUGAAGACAAAAGUGGAUGA